GUCAGUACUGCGCUGCUCACUGUUCUCCGUGCUGGAGAGGAAGCUGUACCAGUGAGGGUGCCUAGGCACUCCUGUGCCUUCAGUAUCAUGGCUGUAUAUCUGCAGGGGGCUAUGGCUGGAGGAUAUGGGGUGAUGGAGAUGACGGCACCAUUGACUACUCCGUACACGAAGCCUGGAAUGAAGCCACCAACGUCUACCUGAUAGUGAUCCUUGUGAGCUUCGGCCUCUUCAUGUACGCUAGGAAGAACAAGAGGAAGAUUAUGCGGAUAUUUACAGUGCCACCGACCAUAGAGACGGCAUCCGAGUCUAAUUUUUACGAUGAUAUGAAGAAGAUUCGCUUGCGCCAACAGCUAGAGAUGUAUUACAUUUCUCGGAAACAUGAUCAGAAUGACAGCGUUCAGGUGACAAUGGACUGA